AUGGCCGUGCUGUCAAAGCAAGCUGUGGCCGCUGCUGGUGGUCGCUGGUCGCUGUGCGAGGUGUCGCGCGAUACGGCUGAUUUCAAGUCGGGGCUGCACGUGAACUUCAGCGACAAGGGCGAGGUGAAGGAGCGGCGCGAGAAGUUCCUCACGGCUAAAUACGGCAGCCACCAGAUGGCGCUGAUCCGCAAGCGACUCGCUGUCGAGAUGUGGCUGUACGACGAGCUGCAGAAGCUCUACGACACGCCGAAAGAUAGCGGCGGAGGGAGCGGAGGGGGCGGCGCGACGGGCGCGGCGAGCUCGCAGGAGGUGGAGGUGGACAUCGACGAGCUGCUGGACAUGGACAGCGACGAGCUCCGCCGCAGACACCUCACGAUUUUACUAGCGGAUGCCAAAAAACCACAAAAAGAUGUACACAAAUUCAUAAACGACUUGCUAGAAAAAGCGAAAACCCUGUAGGUUAUGGAAGCAAAUCUCAAGGAUCGAACGUGAGGAGCGGGUCUGCAGGUGAGCCCCGUCUUCCUUUAGGUAUAAUUAAAGAAUAGUAGGUACUAAUCAUUAUGUCCUUAGCUUAGAAUACGUGUUGUGAGUAGUGCAGGAGCGCGCCGCUCCGGGCAUACAUAUCACCGGCAUAUGUAUUACUGACGAACCAUUUCAUAAUGACGUAAACGACCAAAAUGUAGUUAGUUGUUGGUCUUAAGCAUAAGAUAUUCGGAUCAUUAUAUUUAUUGUCCGCGCGUAUGAGCACGUUUUUGGAAUCGCGCUUGCAACCAAAUGCGAAACUUGUACUAGCGUUGCUACGUUUAAAUAAAUAAGUUUGUUACAGUGUGAGCAUCUUUAAGGCGUUACCUAGACGAUCAAUUAAAUUAUUUCGCAAUAUUGCAAUAAAAAUAUUGUGCACUAAAAAUGUAGCUAAAAUCAUUGCGCAAUCUUCAAUAUUAACUUUAUGCGGUCAAUUGUUCUCUAUUUGGAAUAUUACGCAAUUAUAAUUGAUCGUAUAGGCUGAGCCGACCCAUCGUCUUUGAUCACAGAAAUCGUAAUAUUCAGAUUUGAUCAUUAACGGUUCGAGCAGCACGCCGAAAUAUGAACGUGUCUGUAAGCGCGUUAGAUAUUAAGAAAAAUGAAGGCUUAGCCCGUGAGUUUUCAAGAAACUACUCUGCCUGGUUGAAGCCUUUCAAAUCAAAACGUGUUAAGCUGCUUCCUCCAAUCUGUUCGAUUUAUUGAUAUUUUUCUCUAGAUUGUGGCUUGUCAUUCAAUUAAUUAAAUACCCAUUGGAAGUAUGAUGUCCCGAUACCUACUGGGCCCCACAGGGUUGUAGGUAAUUCUACAAUCCUAGAAAUAGGUGUAGGUCGAGACCGAUAAAGAGGUACAAGCGCCGCUCCGGUUGAUUUUGGCGACCGGACUUGCACAGCCUAGAACCUGGGCGCAGCCCUGUGAAUGGCUUUCUCUUUAAACAACAUAAUAUCACUACUUAGUCAUCAGAGUGAUGUUCUUGGAAAAUAUAUCAGUGAUUGAUUGUCGACCAAUAGACCUCUCCAAAUUAAAUAGGUAGGUAAAUACUCUUAUGGCUGGCUACCGUGCAAUAAGUGGUAUCUUGUUCAACUGAUUCUGGCUGGCUAGAAGGUCUUUUAUGUAUGUACUUGUCAAUAUUAGUGUAAGGCGCUCCCUAGACGGUCAACUGAAUUGCGCAGUAUUAGUUACGAUAUUGAAGAUUGCACAAUGUUUUUUGUCGUAAUGGUUACCACCAUUACUACCUUUUUAAUUAUUUUAAUAGCUGAUGCCUAGAUGGCGCUGAUCUUGGUACUUUACUGUAAGGAACGGAGCUUUACAUCAUAUCAACGUUACCUAUGUAAUUUUCAAGUCGUAGGUAUAACAAAAUUUCAACAAUUCAAAAUAGAAAAUGGCAAUAACAAACAAAAGGUGAAAGUAAGUCGCCCAGAUUCUUAUCCGAAUGUCCGAAAGGUUUUGAAAUCAAUUUGUGCAGAAAUCUAUUACUUUAUUAUUAUAUUUUAUAAAUGUUUGCAUGCCUAAUCAUAGAAUGUACUGGACUCAACACUUAACACCAUAUUUUUGUACGUACAUUCUUAGCAAAUAAAUCAUUUCAUUUUUUAAUUGCCCAGUAAAAUAGGUACAGCGUCAUCUAUAAUUUUCUUGAGAACUAUUUUAUUCUAUGUAGAAGAAAGAAAUGAAAACCUCCCAUUGCACAAUAUUUGUAUUGUAGGUAAUAUAAAAUAUUGCACAUUGCAUAUUGUAGGUCUAGGGGCCGCCUUAAUUAAAAUUUUAAUCUUAAUUAAAAAUAAACCAUACAUACAAAUAAAAACUAUCGAUAUGACCAUUUGUUAUAAAUGUAACAGCACAUAAUAUGUGUACUUUAAAUUGUGCCGAUGUUACGUAAGUAAGAAGGUACCCAGAUAUUAAGAUUAAGCCUGGAACAAGUGGUUAUGCUCAGUAUCCAGUCCCGGAAUAGCGUUUCAAAUUUCAAAAUGUAUGUUCAUUAUGUAAAUUAAGUAUAUAUGCCUUUACUAUCCCCUGCACUACAAUAUGUUAUUAUACAAUAUAUUUUUGUUAUUAUAUAGAUAUAAUCUAGACCUAAAUAAUCAGACAUGUGUGUGUAUUGAUACUGUACACGCACUACAUUGGUAUUGGACAUAGUGGGAUCCUGAAUCUAUGUGUAUGUUAUCAAUUUGCGUGGAAAUUUUACUGACUAACGGAUCCAAGGAAAUUUAUAAACUUGCAGUUCUUAUUAUUUUCCGGUGACAUGCAUAUUGCUGUAUUACAUGUGCCGUAGGAACCUGCUACUUGCUUAAACUCGGCACAUUGUUUUUAUUUGUAAGCAUACUCAGUGCCGUAUUAAGCUUGCGCGGGGCCCGGAGCACAUUCGACCAAUAGGUCCCCGUUUUGAGUAUGAACAGGGUUAUUAUUGAGAUUUCUCUGUCCGUCUUUCUUGGGUCGAAUAAACCGGCGGUCGGCAACCUUUUGAAAGGCAAGAAAUGCACGAGAAAAAUUUUGAAAAUACGCGAGCGAAGCGAGCGCAAUUUCUUCAUCAAUUUUACUGAUAAACGAUUUUUUAGGGUGCCGUACCCAAACAGAAAAAAUUCCUACAUAUCCAUUCAACCAAAUGAAUAAUUCAAUGUAGUUAAGUAAGCGAAAUUUUUAGUUAAGGAGGUCAAGGCCUGAAUAAUGAAAAAGAACAGAAAUGACCUAAGUGUAAGGUGCGAGCGAAGCUAAUUUUUUGUUAGAUGAAAACAUAGAGCAAGCAUUUAGUUAACUAACUAUACGUUUCCAGGUGUUUCGUUUGUCCGUGAAAACUACUCCCUUCCCGUAACCGAAUAAAAUAUAGCCCAGUAUGUUACCUGGCGAUAGGAUAGCAUGAAAACAGAGAAAAAAUCAUCAAAUUAGUCUAGAACUUGUACGUAGUGCACUGCAAAAAGUACAAACACACAACCUUUUCGUUUAUAUUUUCUGCAUAUUUAUGUAUCUACAAAACGUUCACGGGCCGCAAGACAUCGAUCGGCCGCGGGUUGCCGACCCCUGAGAUAAACGAUGGUGCGCGGGGCCCCCUAAUGUGCGGGGGCAUUUGCUACUUUUGCUACGCUACGCUACGUGGCUAAUCCGGCACUGAGUGUACUGCGUGUGGAAUGUAACGUAUGUGUAUUAACAAAAGCAAUCAUUUGCUAAUUGUAAAUAAAAAACGUAAUUAUAACUUAGCUGUCGAAAAAGCAAAGCGGCAUAUCUACGCCAUGUCUGUUCCGUAUCUGUGAGUGACAAUGUAAUUUAUAAUAGAAUAUACGAGUAGCAAAACUGUGAGAAGUGAGCUUAGAGGUUUGCGCACGUAUCGGCGUUGCUGCACCAGCAGCUACGCUCCGAGCUCGCGCUACUGCUCAACCAGUGGCCAGAACAAGUGUAGGUGUGUAGGUACACACUACUGUAUCCUUACACUAUAAGUGAGUAUUGUUUAUUUUUUAUACUCUGGAAGUAGUUUCCACAUUGGGCGCCUGUGACCUCGCCCAGACGGCUCGUGUUGGUGCGCAGCGCCGAUGCGUUACACAUCGUUGCACCAGUGGUGGUGCACUGGACCUAGUCUCGGUAGUGUUCGCGAUCGCCAGGUCGAAGCACUUUGUAAUAAAUAAUUUUAAUAAAAUAAA